AUGGGUGUGCGGAGCUGCUGCCGCGCCGGCGUCCAUUGCGGUGCUGGAUCGAGAAGGAAGCAACAGCAAUGUAGGGGUGGGGGCUUGCUCGUGCUGUUCUUGCUGCUGGCGGCGGCGGCGGUGCCGGCGCGCGGGCAGCGAUCGGACGGCGUGGUGAUCGCGCAGGCGGACCUGCAGGGGCUGCAGGCCAUCCGCCAGGCGCUGGUGGACCCGCGCGGGUUCCUGGCCGCCUGGAACGGCACGGGCCUCGACGCCUGCUCCGGCGGCUGGGCGGGGAUCAAGUGCGCGCAGGGCAAGGUCGUGGCCAUCCAGCUCCCCUUCAAGGGCCUUGCCGGCGCGCUCUCCGACAAGGUCAGCCAGCUCACCGCGCUCGGAGGCUCAGCUUCCACGACAACAUCAUCGGGGGCCAGGAUCAACCUCGCGUACAACAACCUAUCCGGUGUCGUGCCGACCAGCCUCACUUCCCUCCCGUUCCUCGAAUCCCUUCAGCUCAACAACAAUAAUCUCAGCGGCGUGAUUCCGCCCACCAUUGGCAAUCUCAGAUUGCUACACGAUCUUUCUCUCGCUAGCAAUUUGAUCAGUGGAAGCAUCCCGGAUGGGACUGGCAACGCCACAAAGCUCGGAAAGCUUGAUCUCUCUGACAAUCUUUUAGGUGGUAGCCUCCCUGAGUCACUCUGCAGCCUCACUUUGUUAGUAGAGCUCAAUCUCGAUGGCAAUGACAUCGUAGGACACAUCCCGGCAUGCUUUGACGGGCUUAAGAAUCUGACCAAGCUGUCCCUGAGGAGGAAUGUCCUCGAUGGCGAAAUCCCAGCGACCAUCGGGAACCUUUCGGCACUGUCACUGUUCGACGUGUCCGAGAACAACCUCACCGGAGAAAUUCCUGCCUCCUUGAGCGGCCUUGUCAAUCUCAGUUCUUUCAAUGUGUCCUACAACAAUCUCUCGGGGCCUGUGCCUGCAGCUCUAUCCAACAAGUUCAAUUCUAGCUCGUUCCUUGGAAACCUUCAGCUCUGUGGGUUCAAUGGCUCUGCCAUUUGCACUUCCGCUUCAUCCCCACUGACGGCGCCGUCUCCUCCAGUGCCUUUGUCGGAGCGGCGAACCCGGAAGCUCAACAAAAGGGAGCUCAUCAUUGCAGUGGCAGGCAUCCUCCUGCUCUUCUUUCUCCUGUUCUGCUGCGUCUUCAUCUUCUGGAGGAAAGACAAGAAGGAAAGCUCGCCCCCCAAGAAGGGCGCCAAGGAGACGACCACGAAGACUGUCGGGAAGGCAGACUCAGGCACUGACACCGGUGGGGACGGCGGCGGCAAGUUGGUCCACUUCGACGGGCCGCUCUCGUUCACGGCGGACGACCUGCUGUGCGCGACCGCAGAGAUCCUGGGGAAGAGCACGCACGGGACGGUGUACAAGGCAACCAUGGAGGACGGCAGCUACGUCGCGCCUCGGGUGGUCAUGCUCGAGCUCCUGACUGGCAAGUCGCCCGGGGACACGACCAACGGCCUCGACCUGCCGCAGUGGGUGGCCUCGGUCGUCGAGGAGGAGUGGACCAACGAGGUGUUCGACCUGGAGCUCAUGAAGGACGCGGCCGCGGGCUCAGAGACCGGCGAGGAGCUGGUGAAGACGCUGAAACUGGCACUGCAUUGCGUCGAUCCUUCUCCUCCAGCGAGGCCCGAGGCACAGCAAGUGAUACGGCAGCUUGAGCAGAUCAAGCCCUCAAUUGCUGUCUCUGCCGCCUCGUCCUUCACCGGUGAGCCGAGCCAUACUACCGCGACCGCCACCAGUGUCACGGACGAAACGAAAUCUACAAUUACAGAGUAG